GGCAUGGCGUGAUUGUUUGGAGGGCGCUGGCAACAUCUCACUGGCACCGGAGCCUAGGUUGUGGAGAUCCAGGGCAAGCGCUGUGGUCUUUGGCGUCCUCACGGACAAGGGCAUCGGGAAGAGGGGUCUCUUUGGCUUGGGCCGCAGGACGAGGGUGCUGCGACUGGUAGAAGGGAUGAGCUCCUACUAUGGGGAAGCAUGGCCCACCUAUGGGGUAGAGCUGGAUAGCUUUGAGGGUCCUUCUGAAGAGGGCAGAAGGAGUGAUACUUCAGGGUGGUCACAGUGGAGCAUAGGUGGUAGGAGGCAGAGAGCAGAGGCAAACACUGAAUGGUUUGAAAUGGCAUCCAAUGCCUCCGGGGAAGGGUCAGAAUCGUCGUGGUGGAAGGGAGACUGUUGGUCCUGGGAUUCUUGGGACGGGUCAUCGUCCGGCAGUCGCGAGAAUUGGGCGUAUGUGACGCGUAGAGAACCUGGAGGUCAUUGGGAUCAUUCGGAUCCAUGGCAUCAGUGGCACAGUGGUGGUCGAGAACAUGCACAUGGCCAGGGAGAAGUUCGUCGUUCAGCACAAGAUCAAGGCCAUGAUGCCGAACCUCUUGAACAUUCAGGAGGGUCAGACGGUGGAGAUCUGCCCAAGGGUGAUCUGCCCAGCGGCAAGGUCACUAGUGUACAAGAGCGGGCAGACAAGGCAGAGGAGAAGAAACUCUCGGGCAAGGUUUCAAAUAGCUAUCCCCCAGUUUUUCGAGCUCGUCAGGGUGAGAAUUACCGAGACUGGAAAAGGUCUGUCAAGUUUUGGUUGCAUGGUGAAGGACAACAGCUUCCGACCAGUUUGGUAGGGCCACGGGUGAUGGUGCAACUACGUGACCGAGCUGCACAACUAGUCAAACACUUGGAACCGGAAGACGUGGGCCAGAAGGAAGGGCUUCAGAGAAUUUUUGAGACGUUGGAGAAGAGCCCGUUCAUCAAGCAGAGUGAGAAACAUAGGGUGGACUGGCAUCGGAAGCGGUUGCUCACGCUUUCACGCGUGGCUGGUGAGAGCUUGGAGAGCUAUAUCACCCGAGCUGGACUUUACCGAGCCCAACUUGAAGGUCUAGAUGCAGCCUUGAGCAUGGGAGAAAGGUUUUUUGUGGGUCACUUGCUGGAUCAUGCGAGGUUGACUCGCAGGGACAAGGCCAUGAUCAAGACACAUGCAGGUGAUGAAGAUGAAGUAUUGAUUACUGGAGCCAUGAUGGAGCUCUCCAGUGAGUUGGAAGGUGAACAGGGGUAUCCCAUCGGACAAGCAGAAACUCAGCUGAGUGGAGCACAAGGAGAAGAGCAUUUGGUGCAGAGAGGAGUGUUGGGUUUGCGCUUCAAUCGGCGCGACAAAGCCGCUUUGGUGGCGGAGUUGAACGAGGUGGACACGGAGACAAACGUCUCUUUGGAAGGCAUUCCAGAAGACCCAGCAGGAGAUGAGAGCUGUGAUGAAGGUGAUCCUCAAGUACCAAGUGAUGUUCUACAUGCAGAGCAUGAGGCCCUGGCGUUGCAGUUCAGGGCUAAGCAGAAGAUGGCUGUGAAGGCAGCACUUGCAGCUUCUCCGAAUCCAGUUUUGGUCACUGCCCACAAGCUGGAGUCUGACCAUGAGACCGAAUGGGGUCUGUUGGAAUCUCUCUGCAAAGACAGCUUGGCGGCAGACUCAUCCGCAAGAGCAGUAUACAUGGUGCAACGGGCAGUUUGUGGGAAUGACCUUGGAGCUACUACCCCAAAACAUGAAACUCCGGUAGUUCCUUUUGAAGCAUGGUGGAAUAUGAAGGAGUUAUCCAGAAAGGUGAUUCUUGAUUUAGGCUGCAUGAGGAAUGUGGUGGGUGUUCAGUGGGCCAACGAUGUGGUUUCUGAGUGGCAACAACAACAGAGAUGGUUCCGUGUUUUGGAAGAGGACGAAGUUUUCAGGUUUGGGGAUGGCAACACAUUAAGGAGCAAGUAUCGUCUGCAACUUCAAGCGACUUUUGGUGGAAAGAUGGUGUUGUUGGCUUUUAGCGUGGUUCCUGGUCCUUGUCCUCCACUUUUAUCAAAGCAAUCUCAUACCCAAUUGGGAGUUCAGCUGGACACAGAACAUCACACCAUGUCUUCUAGAAAGCUGCAUGUGAAGAACUAUGGACUCAGUGAAACUCGGGCGGGACACUAUACCGUAUCCAUAGAUGAGUUCCAUUUGAUCGAAGAGGCAGGUGAGGCAGAGACAGAGUUUUUGAUGGAGCAUCAUCAAGAAGUUGGCAUGGCGGGCCAUCGGACUCGUCAGUGUCCGAACUUGUCGGAUCCGGAGUCACUGGUGGAAGUGGACUCACAGACCGGCGACAGCUUCCAAGAGGUGGAGCAUCUACAACGUCAGGAAGAACCACGUCAAGCUGCGAGAAAGGAGCCUCCAACCUCGAUGGAAGUGGACAAACAACCAAAGGGUCGCGGUCGAGGUCCCGCAGCCCGUGCAGCAGCAAUCAGGGGGGAAUCUUCAACCAGAUUGAGCCCUAUGAUACCAGAGCAGAUGGAGAAGAACACGACCACCAGGCGAUCGGGCAAAAUCAACAGGGGAUUGCCGCCAUCCGAAGACGAAGGUCCAGGUCAACGCCUGGUCGAGACGGAUGCCAUCCAGGGCCUGACCAUGCAGGAGCUACAGAUGGUCUACAAGCACCGGGAGAAGGAGGAGGAGGAGAAGGCCAAGAAGAAGAUGGCGACAGCAGCACUUACAGGGUGGGAGUCGCGUUACCCAUCGUUGAGCAACGUGUGGAGCGACGACCUGGCAUGCAACAUACUGAAGUGCUUUCAAUCCCGGAUGAGAACCUAUCUAUGGAAGAAGGUGGUAUGGCAGCUUCGAGUGAAGGAGGCGAUCCGAGUGGAGUCCAAAGGUGGCAUCGACCUGGGGGCAUUUCGGAGCAAUGAGGCAGAGGCUGAGAUCUUCGGACUUCACAGGGAAGAGGAGUGGCACCGACUGCAACCACAGCGAGGGAUGAUGCAAAAGCUCAAGAAGGGCAUGGGAGAAGUGUGUGCACAACAGGCCUUGGUGACUACGUUGGCUGGAGCCCGGCCGUACUAUGUCGUCAUGGAGAUCUUUGCUGGAUGUGCGAGAUUGACGGCCAGGGGAUCAGUGCGUGAGGGGUGGCGAGCAAUGGAGCCGAUUGACAUCAUCUACGGCUAUGACCUGAAGAACCCGGUCACGCAAAAGCAAAUCCUGGACAGAAUUGGAGAUCUCAAGCCGGACCUGGUCACGCUCAGUCCUCGAUGUGGACCAUGGAGCCAGAUGCAACGCAUCAACCCCAACGUGGACAAGGUGAUGGAAGAUCGACAGCAGGACAUUCCGCUUUGGAGGUUCUGCCGCAAGGUAUGGGAUGAGCAAGACAAAAAUGGACGAUUAGUCCUGACGGAGAACCCAUACCAGUCGGCGGCGUUGACCAUGGACUUCAUGAUGGAGCGAGCCAAUUUGCACAGAGCCAAGAUUCCCCAGCGCGCCUUCGGUCUGAAGGACGCAGUGUCGGGAAAACCUCACCAGAAGUACACCGCCCUGGAUGUCAAUGAUGCUGGCAUGCGGGAAGCGCUGAUGGAGGGGGCUACAUGCAGGCACACCCCGGAGGAGCACCAACCAAUAGAGGGCAACGUCUUCUACAAUGGCAGAUGGCAACGUCGAUCGGCUUUGGCAGCAAAGUGGCCUGAAGAACUUUGUGACCACAUCUUGCGUGCAGCCGAAAGCGCAUGGGAGAAAUGUGACCAGCAUGCGCCCAAGAAGUUGACAGAAGGUCGUGAAGCUGGGGCAGCACACUACAUCCUUCCGGUGGAGCCAACGCCUACCCCGGAGGGAGAAUUGAGAAGACAGCUGGAAAAAACUGAUUGGAGAGGAGGCCAGUACGACUAUGUCUACUUUGAUGGAGUUGCUCGCCAAGGUCCUUACAAGAUGAGGCAAGCGUUGGCGCAUUUGCAUGUGGUGCUGGGGCAUCCUUCCAUGGAGCGAUUGGUGCGGAUGCUCAUGAUCAGCGGGUGCAGCAACCAGGUGGUGGAGAUUGCCAAAGGGCUGAGAUGCCAGAUUUGUCAAGCAGUACGUCCUCCUGGAGCUGAACCGAAGGUCGCUGCUACGAGGCCGACACGCUUUGGGGAAAGGGUGUUGUCUGACUCCUUUUUCGUGUGGGACGUCAAGGGCGAGAGGUUCAAUGUCACUCACAUGAUCGACGGCUUGACUGAGUACCACAUGGGUUUGGUCAGCAAGCAGGUGGGGGCAGAUGUCACAACGGAGCUGCUGCAGAACAGAUGGUGUGCAGUGCUGGGCCCCCCCGAAGUCUUACAGACCGAUGGAGGAAAGGAGUAUGCAGAUGUGGUUCAGCGAGUUUCCAGACUGCUGGAUUUCCGGCAUGAAGUGGUUCCACCAGGAGCCAAAUGGCGUCAGGGUCAAGUAGAACGACAUGGCGCCAUUAUCAAGCUGAUGAUGAUGAGGGUGAUCUCGACACAGCAAGCAGCCGGGUUGGAGGAGAUCAAGUUGGUGGCUGCGAGCUGCUUCAAUGCCAAGAACCGCUUGUGCAACAGAGCGGGCCUGUCACCGUUGCAAGCAGUUACGGGCAAGAACGCAACAGUUCCAGUUUCGGUGAUGGAGCAGCUCUGCAGUGGUCAAGUGAGGUUUGCGAUGAACGAAGAACUUGAACUACGAGAUGCACUUCGUCGAGCAGAACGCAUUCGGGCAGCGGCCAUCGACAGCUACAACUGGAUCGACUCCAACCAAGUCAUCAGGGAGGGGCUGAACAGAAGAUCCAGGCCACCGAAGUUGGAGGGGAUCUUUGAGGGCACCACGGUGUACGUGCAUGAGCCCCCACCCAAUCGUCGAGGCCAACAUCGGCGACUGCAAGACCAUUCCAGCUGGGAUGGUCCAGGCUUGGUGGUCUGCGUGGAACGUCAGCAGAACGUUCCCAAUCGAGUGUGGGUUCGCAUCAGAGGGAAGGUGCGAAGUUAUCCCUUGGAAAAGCUACGACUGGCCACCCCAGAUGAGAUGCUGGGAUCACAAUUCAUUGUGCAGAUCUUGGAGGAGAUGCAGGACGAGAUCAAGAAGGGCAAUUUGCGCCUUGAGGAAGAUCGCAAUCAGCCGGUGCGGGCAUUGCCUGCGGUGUCCAACACACCGGCGAACAUGGAGGAGGUUGACAAUGAGAUGUUGGAUGACACGCAGGUGCAGGAGCGCAUGCGCAGAGUACGCAGAAUGGAGAUCAUGAACGACGUUCCGGAUUCAAUCAGACAAGGUGCCUUGUCCAGUUCAAGCCAGAGCAGCAGAGUCCUUGUGAGAAAGCUGGAUGCGAGUGAGAGAAGGGACCUCUUGAUGGAGGACGAUGCGGAGAUGUCUGAAGAACCCGUGGCACCAGCUGAGGAAGUGGAACCCAGUCGUUUGAGGUUUCCUGAGAAGAAAGCAUUGUUUGAGAAAGGAAGGCGUGAAGGAGGCUUGCCUUCGACAUUGACUGAAGCGCGUGUGAGAAGUGGAAUGGGCCUUGCCAGCCGGCAGGUGAAGAACAUCAGGAAGCUCAUCAACAAGCAGCGAAGGGCACCAAUGACACCUCAAGCCCGCCAACAGAGAUCAGAAGAACAAUCAGUGGGCAGUCUGGUGAUGUUGGCAGAAGUGCUAGAGCCGACUCCUCAUGAGGUCUUGUGGCAAGAGUCAUGCAAGGAAUUGGAGGAGCAGGAAGCAUUCUGGAAUUCGCCGUUGGUGAAGAAGAAGGACUUGCAGAAGAUCAACACCAAGAUCGAGGACAAGGUCUACGAGCACCGCUCUGAUCUGGCAAGGGGGAAGAUCGUCACCGGCAAAGCCAGAUUGGAAUAUCAAUGGUCGCAGCUCAAUGAGGAAUGGAAGAAGGCCUAUGAACAGCCUUUGGUUAAGGCUGUGAAGAUAUACUUCGACCAUGAUGCGCUUGCCGGUGUGCCCAAGGACAAGGUGAUCAACCCAAAGAGGAUCCUUUCAACAAGGUUUGUGCUUACCAACAAAGGUGGGCCGGAGUUGCAGGAUGCCAUCUUGAAGGCCAGACUGAUUCUUGGAGGGCACAUGGACCCAGACAUGGGCAAGUACGCAACGCUGGCACCCACGGCAGCGCUCCUGGCGCACAAUCUCAUCAACUGGAUUGCGGUGCAGAAGCGGUGGGUGGUGAACUAUGAGGACGUGUCCAGUGCCUUUCUGCAGGGCAAACCCUUGCCCAAAGAGCGAGAAGUUUACAUCAGGUUGCCGAAAGGAUAUCCAGAGUGCGUGUGGAAGUUCAUCUUGGAGCAGCUGGGGGCUGACUAUCGAGAAGACUUGAUGCAGUUGACGAAGGGCGGCUUUGGUCUUCCUGAAUCCCCCAGAUUGUGGUACCUAUGCUACAGGGACACGCUCAAGGAAUGUGACAUGAAGGAGAUGGACAUCCUGCCGGGCGUGUUUGCAGCAUAUCAUCCGGAUGGUGAAUUGCGAGCUUUGGCCUGCAUUCAUGUGGACGACACACGUUUUUGUGGAGAUGAGACAAGUCAGGAGAUCUGGGACAAGAUCCACCAGAAGCUCAAGUUUGGCGAGCUGCGUCGUGCGACGCAAGGUUGGACGAAGUUCUGCGGACGGUGGGAGAGGCAGAACCCGGAGACCCUUGAGUUUGAGUACGCCAUGGAGGAGUACGCCAAAGACAUUCAGAAGGUGAAACUUCCCACCGGCAAUGCCAAGACUGCGAGCACUGCCAUUUCACCCGAGGAGAAGCUGCAGAUGUCAUCCAUCUUGGGUCAGCUGAAUUGGAUGGCGAGGCAGGGUCGAUAUGACCUAUCCUAUGGGGUGUCGCAUGUGCAACAGUUGGCAGCUCGAGAAGGUCGCAUUGCACUGGAAUGGCUGAACAAGGUGGUGUAUCGUGCCAAGCAGCCAGCGAUUCAAGUGGUGAAGAGGCUGAAGGACUGGCGAAACUACAUCAUUGUGUCGGCGAGCGACGCGGCCUAUGGAGCACAGCCUGGGGGAUACAGUCAGGGAGGCCUGGUGAUUUGCAUCGCCGAUAAGGGCAUCUUGGAUGGUGAAGCAAACCUGGCUGUGGUGGAGGCGGCAAGCAUGAAGAUCCAGCGAGUGGUCAGUAUGGCCAGUGCACGUGAGCACUACCUGGUCAUUGACUCAAAGACUGGGUUCGAUGUGCUGAACAACGAGACGCAAACCUCAGACAGAAAGAUUCAGAUUGACCUGGCGGUCCUGAAGCAGGCUUUGAUGGAGGAGGACAUCAACGCCUUCGUGCGCUGGGUGCCAGGUCAUCAUCUGAUUGCUGACGCCAUGACGAAAUGGUACUCCAACAAUGAGCUCGAACGAGCGUUAGCUGAAGGAGUCUGGUCUCUGAAAGACACAUCAGAGGCACAGGAUUUGCGCAAGGAAGCUGCCAAGAAAAGGCAGAUUUACAGGAAAGCUGCACGCAUGGAUCAACGGGGGGAUGUGUGA